UCCUCGGCUGGGAAGUUGUACUUUAUGUAUAGCACCUGUUGUGCCGUCAGUUGGCAGUCUCCAAAAAACCCAACCCCGGCCGCGCAGCGAUAUUUUAUCUCAGUCUCCACCAAGUUAUGAGUCAAGACCUCGCCAGACAACAGAACUCGUCUCGGUGUUGGGAAUGGUCUCUGGGUACAGACUGUAUCAGGUUGCUGGGCUCUCUCGCUGUCUCCGUGUGUGAGCUUUUGCUGUAAUGCGUAAAGAUCAGCGGGGAUUUAUUCAGACGGAGUCAAGAACGCACCGUGGACGCGCGCUUUAGCCAAAAUGCAUCUGCGCUUUCCUUACGAUCUCGUACCAUAGAUGAUAUGCCUGCACACGGACACUUUUACAACUAACUCCAGGAUUAUAAUCACUUAAAACUUUGUCCAACUCCAACUUUCCUCAGAACCAACAGGUGCGCACUUGCAUUACGCAGAAGCGGCGAGGUCUGCAAGCUUUGGAGGAGGAUUUGUCUUGAUUUAGGGAGAUAUAAAUUUCACUUUUUUUCCAGAAGGACUGAUGAAUAAGAUUAUGUGGAUUCUACUCUGCCUGUAUCCUCUCCAAAUGUGUCCAAAGCAGCACUGGUGUCCUGUAAACGACGCAUGUGUGUGGUGAUACAAACCAUCCCGUCUACAGCGCUUUGUGAUCGCCAACCACCACUCAUCCAAAUGAUCCUUCCAUUAAUAUUCCUUCUUGCAUCGCUUCUCCAACAAUAUGGCUCGGAAGCUGAAUCAAGUCAUGUCAGCAAAUUUAACACUCCAAGCGUGAAGGAGCAAAACGGAGUUCAAGAUUCCCAUCAGGAGAAGAUCAUAACAGUGUCUGGAGAGGGAAUGGUCCACAGCCCAGACUUCCCAAACACUUAUCCCAGGAGCACCGUGUUGGUCUGGAGACUAGUGGCGACCACUAACAUGAGAAUCCAGCUCACCUUUGAUGAGAAGUUUGGUCUGGAGGACCCUGAAGACGGAAUAUGCAAGUACGACUUUGUGGAGAUAGAGGAUCUGACUGAGAACACCAUCCUGGGUCGCUGGUGUGGGUCACAGUCGGCACCAGCCAGUCACACUUCCAAAGGCAAUCAGAUCAGGAUCCGCUUCAUCUCUGAUGAGUACUUCCCCUCUGAGCCAGGGUUCUGCAUCCACUACUCCCUUCUUCCUGUGAGUGUCUCAGAACCCGAAGUCCCUGCAGUUCUUCCUCAGUCCCAGCAAGGUAUUGAGGAGUUGUCAGAUGCUGUGGCGGGGCUGAGCACCGUGGAGGAGGUCAUGAAGUACCUGGAGCCGGAGCGAUGGCAGCUGGAUAUGGAGGAGUUGUACAAACCUACAUGGCAUGUGCUGGGGAAAUCCUUCAUCCAUAAUAAGAAGGCCAGAGGAGGAGCCGAUCUCAAUCUGUUGAGGGAGGAAGUUCGACUGUACAGCUGCACACCACGCAACUUCUCUGUAUCCUUGCGUGAGGAGCUGAAGAGGACAGAUGCUAUUUUCUGGCCAAGCUGCCUCCUGGUGAAGCGCUGUGGCGGAAACUGCGCCUGCUGCUCUCACCGCUGCUACGACUGCCAGUGUGUUCCCGCCAGGGUCACGAAGAAAUACCAUGAGGUUCUGCUGUUGAAACACCGAAGUGGUGUCAAAGGCCUGCAGAAGUCCAUGACUGAUGUGCCCUUGGAGCACCAUGAGGAAUGUGCCUGUGUGUGUAAAGAUGACUGGGACUGACCUCAGACACGUGUAAUAGCUGCCACUGGAAUCACACAGGACUUUAGAAAUGAACCUCUGCCGCUGUUGCAACGCUCUGUAUCUCAUCCACUUCCACUGGGAGCUAACAAGAUUGUCCCUUUAUCCUGUUGUCCUUUCGCUAAUUGGAUGAAGCCGAACAGACUGGAAUCUAAUAAAUCUUCCGAAUGGAUUUGACUGCUGUGGAAUACCAAUAGUGUGCUCUGAGUGCGUUUUAGAGAGACAAAAAUUCACUGGAGCAGAUCUGGACUAUUCCCUACAUGCUCUGAAGACUAUUUUCUUCAGCUCAGCUCAUAGAUAAGAACAUUGAGGUGUUUUUGCAUCUUCUUGAGGUCUCUUUUAAAGUUCAGCCAGCGUGGGCUGAUAGUGUCAUGGAAAAUGGGAGCUUCUUUGUACAAGUACUUUUUUAUGUCUAUAAGAGAGCUGGCUCCAGCUGCCUUACUCCCUCUGCUCUUCUAUUAUUACCACCACGGCAAGGAAAGGUGAUUUUUCAUGAGCAGUUUUCCUUUGCUGCCCUCUUGUUUCACCAUGGAUUUAAUCCGCAGCCAUGAUAUUGCUGACAUGCCUUGCUAUUGAGACUGUACUAUGUGUAAAUAUUUCAGUUACAUUUUUUUUUCUCUGUACUAUCAUGCCUUUUCUACCAAAGAUUCUCAAGGAGAAGAUAAAAAUUGCACAUGUAGAAUCAGUUGGGUGUUGUUCGUUACAACCCUUCAUUCGACCCAUCUCAGCAAUGUCAAAUCAGCUUCAGGAAUGCCCAGCAUCCAGCAGUUCUUGCUACACUUGAGAUUAUUCAUAUUCAAUAUUUAUUUGUUUAAUGAAAGGGAAAAUUAGGUCCAAAAUGUGCUACAUGCGUCUCUGUACAGUAGUGUUAGCAGUUUUCAUUCUUAGUCAUUUUACAUUGCCAUUGUGUCAUGGAUGUUUUUUCAUUUUCUGUAUGCCAAAGUUAUUUAUCUCUACUUUUGCAAUAACUGUUUGUGUAUUUCAUUGUACUGAACAUCAAAAAUAAAUUCUUCCAUUUCUAA